AUGUCUGAUGAAUUCCCAUUAACAUUUAUCUGUGGGCCGGAGACCAAUUUCACUGUUUAUGAAGUUGGUUAUGAAAAUCUGAUGAACUCAUGGUACUGCGGGCAGAACUUUGGAUCUCAAGAAUCUGACAAUAAAAACUCCAAAAGUGUUCAAAGGACAUCUAACGAUUCAGACAAGUUCCCGGCAGUACUCGAUUGUGGUUCAGGAGACUUUGCGAUAUUUAGAAAUGGAAGUUUAGUUGAAGACUAUUCGUACGCCUACGAGUGUGGAAAAGAACUUCAGGAGGCACUCCAUUCUGCGGCGCCUGCCAUGCUGAGACGUCAAGGGAAGACUACGCUGGUAGCAUAUAUCUUUGCUAUUCUUAUACUGUCAGGAUUUGCCAGCUGA